GAUCGUACUCACAUUACUGUUCUUUUAGCCUGUAAUGCAAUUGGAACAGAGAAAUUAAAACUUCUGGUAAUUGGAUCAUCUAUUGAACCACAAUUAAAAGACCUUGAUGACCAAUUUCAACAUGUAAAUCAAAAAAUUUUACUCUUGCUUGAUAAUGCAUCAAGUCAUGUCUGUCCAAAUUCACAGAAUCCACCUGAUGAAGAGUAUAAAAAUAGUGAUUCUGAAGAUAUUGAGGAGUUGUCUCCUAUUAGAACAAAUAAUCAUGGAAAUAGAUGUGGUCAUAGUGAAGUUGAGCCUACACAAGAUAUAUUUUUAGAAUUACUCAAAUAUGAAGAAAGCGAGUUUAGUGAAUUGGUUAUUGAUCUUACUGAAAAUGAUCCAAAUAUCACACAAGCAAUAGAUACCUACAGAGAAAUGAAUAAUAUACAAAUACCUACAGAAGAAAGACUUGAUAAUACUCAGAUCAUUGAAAUUGUAAUAGCAGAACAGUUAGAGUGCGAGGAAGGUGAUUCAAAUAAUUCAGACAAGGAGCCCUCAAAAAUUUCAGCAUUAGAAGGGUUAAAUGGGUUAAAAAAUUUUAUUUUAUUUGUUAAACAACAAAUGAAUAAUAACUUUAAUAACAGUGAUAUAGCAACAUUUCAAAAAUAUUUGCUAUUAAUAAAACAGAAAGUUAAUAAGUUAAUGAAACAAACAUCUAUUGUAGAUUUUUUUAGUACAAUAGAGGACCUUAAUAAUAAAGAUGAUAAAUAA